CGGUAAUUGAUGAUUGAUUGCUCUCCGGAGGAAGGAGGGGGGUGGGAAUUGCAGGGGAGAGAGAUGAAACCUUGUGAUGAUUGUGAUGAAGAGCAGCAGCAGCCAGUGUUAGGAGGAGGGUGCGGGAUGGAGGAGGUGGUAUUGGGAGGAAGAGAAGGGGUUUCGAACAACAAGCUGAGUGUCUCACUACUUCCACCCGUUACAGACCCAAUGGAUACGGGACAACCUAGUUCCAGUGAGAAGGUCGUGGGUGUUGGGAGUCUAUCCCCCAAGAAUGAGGAGUUGGCCUUCGGUUCAGCGUCCCGAUCGCAGUCGCCUUUGCGGCCGCCACUGGAAGCUGCAGAUGCUAUCAUUGGAGAGAUUAUCAAUGAAUUGGCUGCUGAUUUGCCAUCUGACAGUGAUGACGACGAUGAUGACGACGGCGACGGGGGCGGCGAGGAGCCAAGACUGCAUGGAGCCUCUCAUCGUGAGUUCAAGCCCGGUCCUCCCGCCGCUCUGCAGGGAAACAGCCGUCGCGGCCUUGAUGCAUACGACUUUGUCGACAGCGAUGAAGAGAAUGGAUUGGAUAGAAGAGAUGAAGGCGGUGCAAAGGCUGCUGCUCCUACUGCUGGGAGGGGGGGCAGCAGUGAGAAAGGGGGGCAGGGGCAAUGUCGAAUGAUUCUUCAGGGGACUGAAAGGCUGCCAGAGCGAAAGACUACACUGCUUUAUUUACCUGAGGGAACAGGUGAGAGAAGUUCUUUGGAACGCGGGAGUGACUCGGAGUUUGGCAGGUGGAGAGGACCAGGAAUAGGAGGACGUGUGCACAGCACGGUUUUUGCACUUCCAGCUAUGGAGACCUUUCAAGGAGUCAGAGGACCCGGCCGCACAGAGGGGUGUCCCGGUGCGAGCAGCCGAACGGACGGAGGAUGGCAGGGAGUGACGAGAGCCGAAGAUGAGAGCCCAUGUGCGAUGUCGGCCAAGGACUCGUCAAAUUCAGAGGAAGUAGGGGAGGCACCUGCAUGGGCAUUGACUGGUCGAAGGAAAGGCAGAGGGAGAGGGGGAGUUAUUGCUCUCUCCAAGUUGGCCGACUCACUGGCGGGUGGAAUGGCGUCCUGCUCGAAGUGGUCAAAGAGAUCUUUCUCUGCCGAAUCGUUCAAAGGAGCACACGGGUCAGAGCUCUCGUCAGAGUUGGGACAGCAAGUCCCUCCACCCUCCUCUGAGAAGUAUUCAGGUGCAAGGGACAAAACUUUGGUUGACGGAGAGGAGGAUGAGGGUGUGGAUAAUCGUAGUGCUCUUGAUAUGAAGGGAGGACCGGGGACAUCACAAACUCUCGAGGAGAGCAUCAUGGAGGGCUCGAGCCACCCUGUGGCUAUGUUAGAUACAGACUCCCAAUCUCAAGAAUACUGCGACCCUUAUCCCAUCUAUCGGAGGGAGGAAAAUGAAGGUGGUCUAUGCGAUCAACGGCCGCGAUUCACUGGUGAGCUUACGAAUGGCGGUGAUCCUCCCAGCUGUUCGGAAUUAUGCAUUCCUUCAGGAGAUGCAGCGGGCACUAUAUCCAUUCACGUAGAGGGGGAUAACACGUACUCUGAUGGUCUAAAUGGUUCAAGGGGGCAAGGGGAAGCUGAACGGAGUCGGAGUCCCUCUGACAGUGAGAGAAAGCAGGAGGGAUCAAAGAGACGGGCAGCUAUUCUGAUAGAUUUGAAUAUGCCUCCUCUGGACGAUGACUCUGAAAAGGCAGCUGCUGUGGAAGAUGAGAAUGGAGUCAACUCUGAGGAGAAAAGAUCUGCAGCUACAGAAGAACGCCAAGAACCCGACAGAGUGCAUGGGACUGUACUGCUCCCAGAGGGAGUGGUUGGUGCUGGAGAAUGCGGACCGUCACCACAACAGUUGCAUGACAUCGAUGUGUACGAACAAGAAGAUCAGACGAUGAAGGGUUGCCCCUUAACUCAAGUCCAUGGACCUGACUCUUCGGGGCUUAUGAUUCGUUGCUCAGGGGCUGCUGAGCAGCGUGAAGGCGUUCAUGCCGUUGGCGGUGGAGCUGAUGUCAGUGGUGCAACGCGGAGCCGGGAGAUAGAUCUGAAUGUAGUUCCCGUUGAGAUGGAGGAUUAUAAAACAAUGCCUUGUGUAGUGGACGCGACAGGGAAAGAUGCAGAAGAAGGAAGCGGCAGAGAGGAAGAGGUGUUGCCAAGCUGUGUUGUGAACUGGCAGGAAGCUGAAGCAGUCGCGCUGGCUGUUUCCGUAUCCGAGCUGGAGGUAGUCGGGAAUAUCCUCAUGAUAGACAGGAACACAUUCACAGAGACAGAGUUCCAAGGGCUGGUUGAGAUUGGAGCACGAAUCAGGACUGAACGAAGAGAAAUGGAGAAAGAUGCAUUUUCGUACAAGAGGGUGGAUGAAGAGGAGGACGUUGUGUGGGACGAAGCGUUGGAUAAGGAGUCUGACAACGAUAGCGACUAUGAUGACCUGCAUACGGAGACUAUCAUUGCAGCUUGCCACAGUUAUGGGACUGGGAGAAAAUGGUCUGCCGACUGUAUAGAUGAAGAACAACGGCAUGACGGAGGUAACCGUUGGAGAGAAGGGGAUAAAGAAGUUUGGAAGGAAGACAUCGCACAUGAUGAGGACAGUGAUUAUGACCUGCAUGCUGAGGGCACCGUUCCAGCUUGCCAGAGUUAUGGCGCUGGUAGUGACAAAACCCGGAGAAAGCGCACCGCUGGUGGUACGGAUGAAGAAGAAGGACGACAUGAGGAUGGUGAACGUUGGGAAGAAGAUGUCGCAUGUGUUGAUGGUGAUAAGAAGGGUGGCAUAGUUAGCGUGUUGCAGCAAAGCAUGGCUAGGACUCUAGCGUCUGCAGGUGAUGCUAGUACUUAUCAACAGAGGAUCGAGGAGCAUGAGGCCCCUAUUUCAAGUAUGGAAGUGUUCGAGAGGAAGGGUGUUGUCGCUGCAGAGUGUGCAAAAUUGACUGUGAUUGAUAGCAGGCAAGCUGAGCUUCAUGGGAUGAGCACGAUGACCCCAGUGAGCGAUGCCCGGGAGCUGACUGAUCAGGCUAUCCUAUGUGGAUUGGACAGGAAGGAAGUCGUGGAUACUGGCAGCUGUCACAAGAUGGCAGGCAUGAAACGGGUUGACGAGGGUGGGGCUCCCGGAAGCGAGGAAGGAAACGAGGACAAAGUCGUGGUUUGUGGGCCUGCGUCAAAGGAUGGUGGCGCUGUUGAGGCAGAAGGACCAACUUUUAAAAGGAGAAAGAUGGGAUAUGUGAACCACAAGGGCGCAUUUGAUAUUGUUGAUGUUGCUCAAGGGGGGAAUUCUGACAAACGACCAGAUGCAGGAGUUUGGAAGGGCAUUCACGAUGGCAUUAGAGGAGAAAGUGAACACAGGCGACAGGGUGGUGUCUGUCCAAAGUACAGUGUUGAAGCAUCAGUGAGUGUGGUUACUCCUGGAGGUGUUGACCUCUGCAGUGUGGAGGAGGACAAGGGUCGUGAAGGACAGCAUCACACGAGUGUGGGGAAGUGUUUCUCUGCCGUUGAUCAUGGAAUGAGCUCUGACCAAGCUACGGCAGAAAGGUUGUCGACUGCUGAAGGGCAGGGUUGUCGACAUAGAGGUGAAGGUUUUGUCAGGGAGAGGAGUUUCCAGAAUGCCAUGACAGACGUUGAUCGGGCCGACUCAUCUAUGGCGGCGACUAGCAGCGUUUUCGGCUUUACAACUGCUUCGGAAUGUGUAUGCGCUGGCAAUGCGAAGGUAAGGGACUCUGGCAGAGAGACUCUGUUGGAGGUAGUCUCGCCGGAAAAGGCAGGGAAGUCUGGCGGUGCAUGUGGUUGCGUGGAAGAUUCCUGGGUGCUCACUGGGGAGCCAUCUGCGAUUUAUUGUCCACGAUGCACCAAAGAUGACAUGCACGUUUGUGAUCGCAAUCAUGCAAGGGAAAGACCCAGGGAAAAGAAUGUCGAGUCUGUGCUUGAGGAGAGGCAUCAGAGCGAAGGGGGGAGAAAGAGAGGAAGGGAUGAUGAGAUGAGUGGAGGGGAAUCAAGAUCAUGGGUGUUUACUGGGGAGGAUCCAUCUGCCACUCAUUGUCAUGGAUGCGGCGAAGAUGGUGUGCGGGCUUCUGAUUGUGAUCAUGCGAGGGGCAGAUCAAAUCCAAAAGAAGAGAAUGCAGAGUCAGUACCUGAGAAGAGGCAUCAGAGCAACGGAGAGAGAAAGAAAGGAAGGGACGGCGAGAUGAGUGGAGGGGAAUCGAGGAUCGAAGAGAAGGGACCGUGCAUCGGUGAAUCGGUUACUGACAACAUAUCCGAUAAGAGGAGGGCAGGAUGCAGCAAGAGGAAAGAGAGUCUUGGGAAGUUUGACCCUGGCAACUGGUCAACGCCUAUGAUGAGGGCACUUCUGAGUGGGAAAGUAGAGGUGCCGUCGUUGUCGCCUGCAAGCCGGUGGCUAGGAGGCUGGAGCACAAGUCCUGGGUCGAUGAAGCAAGUUCGUCGCCGCUUCGACCAGACGGAGGUGAAUAACACUUUUGAUUCAAGCUUGAGGAUCUCCCACCAGCUAACUUUUGAUACAGUGUUGGAGGGAUGCGGUGGUACUGGAGGAGGAGAAGGAGUAGGAGGAAGAGGAGAAGGAGGUGACAGGGAAAGCAGGCAAAUGCAGCUCAGAGUUUCAGAUAGAGAUGAUGAUCAAUCGGCAAUUGCUGCCUCGAGUGGGACGGCUGGCAUGCACGGGAGGGAGAGGGAUGGUGCAGGACAUCUCACUGCGGUCGAUUCUACGGACUUGGAGAGCGGAUCGGGGUCCAUCGCGUCAAACCAUCAUUUGGUUGCCGAAGAAGAGAAGGGUAGUCGAUACCAUGGUGCAGUGUUGCCGACUGGUCGAUGGCAGUGCGACGGUUCAAGUCAGUACGGAUUCCGGUCACACUACUCGUUACAACCCGCAGCAGCGCCGGGACGGCCAACCUCGCCACCAUUGAGCCGCGAGCCUGUGGGCUCUUCCCUCCCUCACAAGGGUGCCUCCUCGGGUCAGCUCCUCUCCUCCCUCCCCCCCAAGCCCAUCAUCCCUGUUCCUCGUUUCAUCGGUAGUCUAAAUUUAGAAUCACCUCUCACCACCACUAGGCUGGGGAGGUGUGGUGGGUCUCCACCACCACAGACAAGCAGUAAGAGUGUGAGUGGUUGUGCAUUUGUGAUAGAAAAGGGAGGGGUUCAUUGGAGUGCGAAUGACAGUGUUGUUGACGAAACUGUGGUAGUCCGUCGUCAGGAUUUUGGAAGAAACACAACUCGAAACGAUUAUGUUUAUGCAAGUCCAGUAGUCGAUGAUGCUCGGGUCCCAGGACCAAAAAUGCAGACAUUUCAGCCACGAGUCCAGAAAUGUUUAGGAAGAAAUGCAGCCCCUGACACACACGAAGACCACCACAGUGCUGAUCAAGAGAACCACUAUCACUUCGAUACACUUCUUAACCCUGUCACAGUAUUGUCGCAGGUGUUAUCGGUAGACCAACUGCAGGUGCCAGGUCCUCUGACACCUGCGGGGCAAGUGCACGCAAUUGCGCAGAGCCCGGAGUGCGAUCCCAUUACGGAUGCAAGUGAUCUAGGAGAGUGUAGGGACAGACAUACCUCUUCAUUGCGAGGAUGCUCUUCGAAGGGUAUGUGGGAGACACACUUGCAAAAGGUUGAUGGGGAGUUAAGGGGUGAGGAUUUGUUAAGGACAUCCCAGCGUGCUCAAACUGGGAAGCUGUGGUGCACCUCUGACUCCACAGCUGAGGAGGGGCAAGCGAUUCGAUUGAACACGAAGACACGGGUAGGACAGGAGUUUGAUGAAGGCCAGGGGAUAUCUGAGGAUAAGAGGGUACUGGGUGUGCACUGGGCAGAUCACGGAUCUGAACCAAAAGGGUCGGGGGUGCCCUGGGCAGAUUACGGAUCUGAACCAAGAGGGUUGGGGCUUGGGCAGGUGAAGCCGAUAGUUAGUCGUUUAGUGCAAGGGAGCGGGCAGGAGCCCAAGGAGCCAGCUCACUUAAGUUGUGUCAGGAAGCAAGCAGCGGACGGUAAGGAGAUGUCAGGGGACCCUGUCGGUAAUCAGGUGUGCCAUGACAGAGGACCGUGCCUCGCUGACAAAGCUAGGGUAGGCAAUAGCGAGAGUUCGAUGAUGCGCAAGUCGAUGACCUGCACUGUACCAAAACGCACUGCAGAGCAUACGUCCAAGUGUGCAGGCAAGAUUUCUGUUCCGAUCUGUGCAGAGCUAGAAGCAAAGGAACACCAGAACACGGUGCACAAACUAAAGUCUAGUUAUAGGAAGAUUGAAAUCCUUGAUGAUGACAAUGAGGAUGAGGAGCAUUGUAAGGGCACCUGCACUCGUGUGGAGGUUCCUGCAAGUGGUAUGGUCGUUAGUGAGCAAGGAGCAUGUCAGGCCAUGUGCCGUGGCAGCAAGGAAGUUGACAGGACAGGAAAAGGGAAGUAUCGGAAAGUGAACUUUCUCGUCAAUGGCGAUGUUGAUGAUGGUGAGCGGAGUAGUAAUAGAGCUGAACAUGUCACAGACAGAGUGAGGGCUCGGUUCGGCAACGGGAAGAGGUGUAGUGACAGAGCUCCUGACGACAGCCCCGAUGGGGUUAAGGGUCGACGAGGAGGGAAGGUCGUGCUCGAGAACAAUCAUCACUCUUCAUCUGCAGGAAUCAGGAAGAAGGAAGCAGCUGAGGCUUGCAAUGAAAAAGAUUGUGCGAGUAGAACUAAGGUCAAUGAUAUGGAUGAAAAGCAUUGCGUUAGGAACAGUAAAGUCAGACGCAGUGGAGGGGAUAGGAACCCUAUUUGUGCUGUAAGGGCCCUAGGCAAGGGGUCUGCUGCAUUUGGAGCGCUGCAGCACAAGCAGUGUAUGGAGGUGGCUGAUCAACCUGGAAAGCCUGACCGCAGCAAGUCGAAGAAGGGAGGCAGGAGAGAGAGGGAAAGGCAUGCUCGUAGUGGUGAUAUGACGUGCUCACCACAACUAGCAGGUUUGGUGAUAGCUCUGCCGACAACAUCCUUGAUCACUGUGACCAAGAGGGAAUUAGCUUCUUCGCAGAAAACUAUAAGCAGUGGUAACUGCGGUGGUGGGGAUGGAGGACGAGUUGGGGAGAGUGCAAACCUUGUAGUGCAUGGGAUGUUGAGAGAAGGGGAAGGUUUGCACACCCUCGAUAAUGAGCAUGAUGCUUGUCAUUACGAAAGGGAUCGUAGCGUGCGGCAUGGCUAUUUGCUGGAAUGCCAAGCCGAGGACGCACUCCCAGGUCCCCAAACAGCAUUAGUCCAUGAUCAGAAGAUGGGUGGGAAUUGGGUGAAAAUGUUGUCUGGCCAGGAUGUAGGGAUGGGUGAGAAGUUGUUGAAACCGCCAGCCACCCAGGAUGAUGGAAUGAGCGAGAAGUGGGCGAAGCUUUCAUCUGGCCAGGUUGAAGACACGAGUGACAAGUGGGAGCAAAUGUCAACUGCCCAGAAUGAAAGGAUGGAUGAGAAGCGGGUGAACCCGUCAUCUGGCCAGGAUUCAGGGAUGUAUGAAAAGUGGGUGAAAUCGUCCGAUGCUCAGGAUGAAGGGAUGGGUAAGAAGUGGUUGAAACCGUCAUCUGACCAGCAUGAAGGCCUGAUUGCCGUUCAAUGCAGCAAUGGAAAUCUCACAGGACAGAUGGGAGAUGAAGCACUGGAGGAUGGAAAGGACAGACAUUGUGACAGCAAUCACAAAGCUGGUCAUCAUGGAAUUGUUGGGGAUGCAUUGGAGAGUGGCAUCAAAGGCGUGGAUAGCGGAGAUGGCGCUGGUGGAGAUGGUGGAGAUGGUGGAGAUGGUGAUGUUGACGGUGAUGGCCAUGAGGAUUGUGAUAGUGAUGAUAGGGGUGUUGAUGUACCUGUGGUUGAUGGCAGCGAUGUGUGCAAAGACAAGGAUGCCGCAGAGGAGAUGGAGGAGGAGGAAAAGGGGGAGAGAAUGAAGGGUUUUGGUUAUCAGGAUGAGAGGGAAAUUCACACCCAUGCAAAUAGGUGGGGAAGGAGAAGGAGAAGGGGAUUGAAUUGUGUGCAUAGUGUGUACGAUUGUGCUUCUGAGGCAAGACAUGGGCAUUUGUCCAUAGGUGCUGAUGAAUUUGCUGCUGUGGAUUGCCACACAGGGCAGGAAAUAGAUAGCCGACAAUGGUUGAUGGUGAAGAAGUGGAGACGGGGGCUAGGGGAGGAGGCACGGAACGGUGUUGCUGCUCAGCGGGAAGGUCUGGUCAUUGGUCUUCCAGCAAGACUGGCAUUUGCGAAGACUCCUGAUGUCAGCGGCGCCUGUUUGGUUGAAUGCAUAAAGUCAAGCGGAGCAGAGGGUGCAGAAGGAGAGAACUUCGCAGAUUAUAUGACCGCAACGGAUGACGGAUUCCAACAUGAAAUCGGUCAUGAAAAGCACGCGACGUUGUGGGUGGAAGGUGGGCAGAGAUGUCGGCACAGGACAGUGAAUGCGAAUUGGGAAACGCGGGACGGCGAAGGAGGUGGGCCUGGAAGACAAAGUGGAGGGGAGGAAGAAAGAGUAGGGAAGGACAACGGACACAGGAGGAGACUGCUGGUUGAAGGGGUAGAUGACAAUAGACUCCAGCCGGCAAUGAGUCAGGUGGUUUGCUAUAGACACCAGGUAGCGGCGAGUCAGGAGGUUGGCAAUAGACUCCAGGUGAGGAUGAGCCAGGAACUCGGAGGGGGAGAAGGAGGAGAACAAAUAGAUAAUCUUUUGGCGGAUAGAAAGGAGGCAAGACUUGGAGGAGGGGGUGAAGACUGGAGGAGGAGAGAGGUGUUGAAGGAUGUCUCUGGUGCGAGGUUGCAGGAGGUGACAAGCCAGGGUGUCAGAGCGAGAAGACGAGGAGAACAGACUCGCCAAGCUGACAAAUGUUCGCCGCCUGGUGAGAAUGUGCAACAUGACGGGGGCAACGCCAACGCAUGCCAAUGUCCCGCACAUGAGAACCCUGUAGAUGGAUCUCCUUCAGGAAGAGUGAUUGGUGCCCUUGCUGUCGGUGGCGGAGGUGCCGAAAGCGGGGCGGAUAUAGAAACCAUCGUCACUGCCCGCGGUUGCAAACUGCGGGGGUCUCCAGCUCAAGCUGUAAGCAGCAGGGACGUCAAGAGCAAGAGGAUUACUCGUGUGUAUCAUCGUCUGUCAUCAAAGCCUGUAAUUAUCGAAGACGACGACGAUGAUGACGAUGAGCACUUUGCUGCAGCCUGCGGUGGUCAACCGAGUCCCCCACAGAAGUCGCAUGAUUUAUCCCGGCUCGAGCUUUUACGGUCACCAUUGCCAAAACGUGUUCUAGUGCGGUCCGCAUUUCAGAAUGGCGGGGUCAGGCAGUCGCUGGCGUGGAGUCCAGCUAUGGUGCCCAGAUACUCUGGAGUCAUACGAUUGAUCGGCUUCGCGAGCGCUUUCGGUGGCCUGACCUUCUCGGCGACGUCACACGCUGUUGUGAGUCAGGCGAGGUUUUCCGGUGUUGCAAAUCUCGCAACCAUAGUCCGUUCGCUGAUGUCGAAGGAGAAGAGGUUCGAAGAAGCUUCAGCAGGCUGCUUCGGCGAGCACAGAUAUGGGCGAUGGAUACAGAAGGGGGGCACAGGGGUACGGGACGGGUGGGGGGUGCUAUGGAGUUGGGAGUGGGGUGGAGCAGAGCGUGCAUCACAGGUACUCCUCACGGAUUACUUGAGAUGUCUGCCUGUAGAGGUUAAGACUAAGCUGGUGGAUGAGGCCUACGUCGACCAACAUAACUUGGCCUCUUUCAGCAAGAAAGCCUUAGAUAUAGAGGCAAGGCUUGGGUCCGCGCAUCAGAGUCAGGGUGAUGGUAGGAAGAAGAGACUUCCCCAGGACUUGAAGAAGAAAGGUAAACUAAUAUUCGUCGACCAUGAUGGCAAGACGACUAAAAUUGAAGACUUCUUAGACCUUGGGGAAGAGACAAAGCAUGAUGGGGCUAAUGAGAUUUCGGAUGGGGGAGCCAUGGCGACUAUCAAAGAAAGGGCUAGGGGGACCGGGAAGAAGAAGGUAGUUCGGUCUACGGGUCAGGGUGACCAGGGAACACCCGCAUGGGUAAAACUUGGUUUAGAUUACGAGGCAACCGAUCCAGGUGUUGAUGUGAUUGUGCGCAGAGUGAGGAUGGGGGCCUUUUCAAAUGCACGCCGAGUUCGACAUCGGGGGUACUUUGUGUACUCCCUGCUCUGCUUGACUGCAACUGCUGCGACAAGUUUUUAUGGGAUCGGAUCUCGAUACGGCAUGAGCAUGCGAUUUGUAAAAGUCAAAGUGAACCGGUGAGCGCUGUGGUGGUGGGAUCAUAUGGUCUUGGCAGUUAGAGAAGGCAAAGUGGAGCGGUGAGUGGACGCAUUAUUGGAGACCUGUUGGACCCCUAAUUGGGCCUCUAUCGGACCCAUAAUUGGGGCCCUAUCUGCAGAAUAGGGAUGCAAAACAGCGAUGGCAGAGUGAAGUUCGGAGAGGGAGUACAGCAGUGGGGGCCUCCAACUGCAGUCGGGCUUUCCAGGGAGCACAGGUCAGGUCUGCCACUGCAAGGCAAAGCCCUUUGCUUUUGAAGGGCAUUUGGAAGGCUGUUGAACCCAAAUUGUUGGGCCUCAUUUGGGAUGAAAUUGAGCCCCCUUGUGUGACCGGAUAUAGGUGACUAGUUGGGCCCCUUUUGGGGCCCUGAUUGGGUCUGAAAUUGGACCGCAAUUUGGCCUCAAAGCAAGCCUUGUUUGAACCCAAAGUCUGAUCCCCGGUGGACCAGAAAUGGGACUAGUUCGGCCCCAAAUUUGCCCCCUGCCGGACUCAUAAUUGGGCCCCUAUCGGACCCCAUAGUUGGGGCCUUCUUGGACCCAUGAUUGCCCCCCUGUUGGACCCAUAAGUCAGCAAACGUUGUACCCAGAAACCAACUAGCUGGAAAACAACUUGGAUCAGAUUGGGCCCAAACUUGCGCCCCAGUUGCCUCCAACAUCACACUGCAGUAACCGUUGUAUCAGAAUUAGUCCUUGAACUGGACCAGGUCCAAUGUUGUGCACCAGGUCCAAAUGUUGGACCAGGUCCCAUGGAGGCGAGUUUGGACCCGGACCGGUCGAGUGGACCUUCGAUUGAACCAUGGAUCGCUGGACCUGAACUAGACCGGGUCCAAUUUUGACAGGUCGUUUACUUGAGCUUUGUUGACGUCUCAGAUUUUUAGAGAGAGCCCGGACAUACAACGAUCCUGGACUGAAUCCCUUGGCAGUGUCUGUCAUCCUUACCGUGCAUCAACCCGGGGGAUGUGUGUGUGUGUGUACAGCCGUGCAUCGGUCAAUGCCCGCCGGUGUCCAUGCGCAAGGCUGCAGGGUGUUGAAUGCACAACCUCGACCACAAUGCACAUUUCCAACCGGUGCUCUACCCACUGCGCUGAUUGGCUGUAGUCUUUCUUUCUGAGUUCUUAAAGAGGAGACACCCGGUGGCUUUAAAAUUAAAAAAGAAAUUUUGAGAGUUGGAGUGAGUGGGGGUCCAAUUUGGAACCCCCUAGUUUGUUGCAGCCCAGGAAGACCCCAAAUAUGUGUUAUUAGGGGUCUGAAACUGGGAUUUGAUGUCUGCGGGAACCCGAUGUGCGCGUGGACUGCGGCAGUAUAGAUUUUUAUCUCCAUCACGUUGUACGACGGGGUAGGUGCACCCCCCCCCCCCCCCCCUCCCUGAAUUAGUGCUGGCAUACUCACGGUCUCACACACAUGGGACCCUUUUUCUAUUUACUUAUAAGUUAUUACUCUUUAUAAAGGAUUAUAAAGGAAGUUGCGGGUGUCACGUUACGCCUCUUCGAGGGUGCGCUUCCAGUGUUGGAAAAUGGGUGGGGACGUGGGCCUAAAGCAGAAUUGCGAGCGAGAUCAUUCCAACGUCGUUGCCCGCUCAUGUUCAAAAACAAGUACACAGUACGUCAGUGUAGCAUGUACAGGCGUUGUUCCUUUUUUCCAGUAGAUUCGUUGCUUCGUUUCUGGUAAAUUCGUUCUUAUUUUUUCCAGAGGGGCGAUGUCAUGCCACACAAUAGACAAAAAAUGGAAGUCCUAAAAUUGUGGAAGCGUAUAUGGCCUUUCUUGGCAGCAAGUGUGAAACUUUGCUCAGGGGCGGCAGGAUCCAUUGGCCCUUGGCUCCAGCACGCCCGGAAUGUGCAAAAUGAGAAUGAAUCUCCCUCUAGAAC